GAGAGAACCAACUAAACAGAAGAGAGAGAAACCUCUCUCCCUCUCUUCUCUUCUCUUGGCGAUGAAAGCUAGGAAGAAGAAGAAGAACCCGAAUCUUCAUCUUCAUUGAUCAACUUGUUUAUACCUUCAGUCACUCUCGACCCAUUAUAUUUUUUAUUACGAUUAUUCCAUUCUUUCUUACUCUUCAAGCUUUAUUUCUCUCUCUCUCUCCCUAGAAAAACCCCCCAUACCCUUCUCCUUCUCAUGUCUCAGUCUCUCAACCUGUUUCUAUUAUAUCUUAACUACGACGUCGUUUUUUCACAAUGCCAGCCUCAACAGAUAAUACCCAUCUCGCCCACUUGAUCAACUCCCACCCCUCCGAUUGUUUCUUCCCUGGAGGCUUAUUCAUCGACCCGGCUUACUCUCUUCCUCCUUCCGUUGUUUCCUUCAUUUCGUCGAAGACCCGUUUGGAUUUGGAUCCGGGUUUGGACUCCAUCUCGGUUUCUUGUACUUAUCAGGGUCGUCGACGGAAAACGUUGCGUUUUGAGGGAUUGAGAGUUGGGGGGAGUUGUGGGUUCUUGUCGGUGAGUUUAUCGCUAAAGAAGAGCGAAGAAGACAGGAAUGGCGACGAGGGGUAUGCUCGUGAAUCCACAGAAGUUUUGGGGCAAAAUGGGAAUAGGAAUGGGAUUUCGGAGGUGGAAGAGGCGGUGGUGGUUUACGAGCAUGGUGAGAAUGAGACCGUACAGAGAGUUAAGGAGAAGGGAUCAGGUGCUUUUAAUACAACUAAGCAUCUCUGGGCUGGAGCUGUUGCUGCCAUGGUUUCAAGGACAUUUGUUGCGCCUCUUGAGAGACUAAAGCUGGAAUAUAUAGUUCGUGGUGAGCAGAAAAACCUUUUUGAGCUCAUUCAGACUAUUGCAUCUUCUCAAGGGGUUAGAGGUUUUUGGAAAGGAAAUUUUGUGAAUAUUCUCCGUACGGCACCUUUCAAGGCUAUCAAUUUUUAUGCCUAUGAUACAUAUAGAAGCCAUUUGAUGAAAACUUCUGGUAAUGAGGAGUCCACGAAUUUCGAGAGGUUUCUUGCAGGAGCUGCAGCUGGGAUAACAGCUACCAUUCUUUGUUUACCUAUGGACACUAUCAGAACCAGGAUGGUAGCUCCUGGUGGCGAAGCCUUGGGAGGCGUAAUUGAUACUUUUCGCCAUAUGAUCCAAACUGAAGGCUUCUUCUCACUUUACAAAGGUCUAGGCCCCUCAAUCGUAAGCAUGGCACCUUCUGGUGCCGUCUUCUACGGUGUUUAUGAUAUUUUAAAAACAGCAUAUCUUCAGUCACCCGAAGGGAGGGAAAGACUUCAACAUAUGAAACAAGAAGGUCAGGAACUGAAUGCUUUGGAACAACUAGAACUGGGUACUGUUAGAACACUACUCUAUGGAGCAAUUGCUGGAGUUUGCUCGGAAGCUGCUACUUACCCAUUUGAAGUUGUGAGGAGACAACUUCAAAUGCAAGUCCAGGCAACAAGGUUAAGUGCAUUCUCAACUUGUGUGAAAAUUGUUGAGCAAGGAGGCAUCCCUGCUCUCUAUGCCGGAUUAGUCCCCAGCUUAUUACAGGUUCUACCAUCAGCUGCCAUUAGUUACUUUGUAUACGAGUUCAUGAAGAUUGUUCUCAAAGUGGAGUCCACAUAAUACAUUUGAUUCCCAGUCAAGAUUGCACAUGGUGGUUGAGUGUGCGGACAUAGUUUUUCUUUUAAAAAGAACAAAGAAUUACAGAAUGAAAUCAGAUAUAUUUUGAUGAAAAUGCAUUUGACAGUUUCAUUUUGGGGGUUUAUGAGACGAUUGAAAUAAGAUAAUUGUUUGGACGUAUGUGUUUGAGUAACGGAAACUAAUGUCCUUGUGUCCAUA